AUGGCCGAACACUCAAACCCAGUUGAUGAGUCGGAUCCCUGGAACUUUUCAUCACCGGUAGAAGACCAGGAUCGGUCAGCUGAAGUCACUUCGACGACAGAUGCAUCAUCUAAUCUCCUCGAUCCGGAUGUCUCGACUGAACCUACGAAGCCCGACGUUAAUUCACCUGUGAGCGACGAUGAUUUUUCGGCUUGGGAUAUGUCGCAUGAGAGCAGGCAGCCUGAGCCGCAGGAUGCUACUAUAGACUCUGUUGUGGAAGCUCCGGUAGGAGCCUCGGCAGAGGCUGCCAACGACGCUCAGAUCCCGGAGGAGACCAGUGAUGCUCUCCCUACCGAGCCCGCGGCGCAAAGUGCGAGUGAAUUUGAUGAUCAAAAAACUCUUACGACCGAAGCUUCACCUGCACCCUCCCAACCCGAACCUGCCGCGGCCGAAGAGCCCUUAGUUGAUGCAUUACAUGCUACAGAGCAACCGGAUGCCUCCCACACAGACGCCAUAUUCACGUCGAACGAAGAAGCAGUCGACUUUUCGGAUUUGCUGGCCAAAGACCCGGAAACUGUUGAAAAUGUGAACGCGGAGGAAAAGGAGGAAGCAGAGCGAAAGAAGGAACAAGCUCCUACAGUUGGUACCCCCUUAGUCGAGGCUGCGCCCGCGGAAGCCCUGCAGUCGGAAGUACCGCCCAUGGAGACGCCUCCGGUCGAAACAAUGCCUAUAGAAGAGUCAGGAAAAGGGGGAAUUCCUGAAAGCACGCCACAACAACAUGUACCAACAGACACUUCAAUUGUCGAAGCCCCGCCAGUGGGGAAGAUAAACGAGCCUGCUGAGCCCUCCUCAAUCGAUGCCGUCUUUGGGAAUGGUGAAGACCAUGAUGAUUUUUCGGCACUACUUUCUAAGGAAACCGAAACCCCUAAUCCUGAGCAGGGACGCGCAUUCUCUGAGGGUGCUAAGCCCGAGUCCACACCCGCCGAGCAGCUCUUGCCGGAUAGCGAGGUCAAUGGUGCUAGCGUUUCGCCAUGGGCUUCCUUGGACAACGUCGAUGCUGCAGAGGAGUUAGACUCAGGCCUGGCAUCGCAGUCAACCCAUCAACAUGAGUCAAACUUGAAGGAUGAAGCGGCAUGGGGUAAUCAAGUUAACGGCGACCUCGACUCAGAUGGUGAUGAUUUUUUCAAUCAACUCAAGACGCAGACAAAGCCCAUUUUCGCCCCGCCAGAAGCCGAGUCUAGAUUCGAAGAGGGUGUCCCAUUACUGGAUGACGAUGCACCUCAAUCUCCCGAACGAGCUGUACCCGAAGGUGAUGCCGCGGCGGACCCUUUUGCCGAUGAUAAUGACGAUGCAGAGGGCUUCUUUAGCUCUACGACGAAGCCAAAGUCUACCCCGUUACCUUCAUUACAUAUUACUCGUAAAAGUACGUCCCAGGUGAUGGAGCAGUCGGCUGGGCUCGACUUGGCAUCACCUGCAAGUGAUGCUUCGGCAGCCGCUGCAUUUGACGAGGCACUUAAGGCCGCACCCAAUCAAACAGAGACGUCUCAGCCCCAAGCAAAACCUGGCGACCAGUCAGAUGACGAUGACAUGGUUGCACUCUGGGGUGCUGAGUUGAGCGAUACUGAUGAAGAAGACGAUCUCAUGGCGCAAUGGGGCGCUGCACUUGACGAUGGUGAUGAGGCACCGGCUCAAGCUGCCCCGCGGAGCCCUGUCGCCAAUGGGGGUCUGAACAGUCCUUUUGAGACCCCUCAGCCCAGGCAGACCCCCCCCCAGGGCUAUACCUGGCGUGCCCCACCUGGGAGUACAAAUGUUCCUUAUUAUUCACAACCGCCGGCGAACCCAGUCACCGUUAGAGGAGAGAGCUUCGCUGAACGGUCCAAACAAGGUUACAAGUCGCCCUAUGACCUGCCAGAUGACCUUUCGAAACCUCGGCGACCUCUGUCUACGCCUAGGCCUGUCCCUCCGAGAGUGGAUAGUGCCCUGCCUCCCCCGCCAACUGCUGGUUCAAUGCAACCGCCAGCCUCUGCGGUGCGGCAGGCCCCGGCUGCGCCGCCGCCUGCUCCAAAGAACUUCUUCGAAGAAUUGCCACCACCAGCACCCAGAUCACCUCGGCCUGCCAGUUCAGGACGUUAUACUCCGGGACCUGUUUCAGCUCCAACUGGAUCGGCCAUGCCCCCGCCUUCAAAGUCAUAUGCACCAACACCUGCUGCCGCUCCCGUGGCUCCAGUUCCACCUGUAGCUCCACCUGUAGCUCCACCUGCAGCUCCCCCUGCAGCUCCCCCUGCGGCAGCUCCUCCCAUAGCUUCUAGCGCCCCAGCUGGUCCAAGUGCUUCUGCUCGCUACUCGCCCAAGCCUCCUGUGUUGCAGCCAGGUUCGAAGGCAUCUAGGUAUUCACCUGCACCACAGUCAGCCGGUGGGCGGAACCGUUAUGCCUCGCAGCCUCUAGGCAUCCCAGGUCAAGUGAACUUACCGUUCCAACCUCGGACGUCAAGUCCCCUGGCGUACCACGAAAAGGUUUCCUACCAACCCGAAAAUGCAGGAGAAGGGCAGCAGCAGCAACCCCCAUCGCUGGAACCUUCUGUUGACCUUUCCCCUCCUCGCGCACAACGUUCAAGUAUUGACCACGGUGCUCUUCCUCCCCAGUCGGCAGCCCGAAAGACUUCAUACGCUCCUCCAGAGUAUCUCAACGAGUUUACUAAGCGUCUGGCGCCAAACAGUGCUUACCAGCCUGCUCCUCCGACUGGGGCCGUGCCUACAUCUCCUGCAUCGGAGCCGCAGAUGCCUCCCCCCCCCGAAGAUCCCAGACGCAGUCACCGGGCAAGGCCUGUCUCAGCGCAUGCGCCAGGCUCUCCUGUAAAGGCAGCAAACCCAUAUGCGCCGCCGCAGCAGCCCUCUGUCCAGACCCAUGCCUUCUCCCAACAAUUUGAGUUCAUUGCCCCGACUGAUGGACAAGAGCAGGAUCCGCUUGAACGGUGGAAGGGUGCUCCCAUUUUCAAGUUCGGUUUUGGGGGGAUCUGUAGUAUCAUGUUUCCCGAAACACAUUCCUCGCUACUCUUGGAUACUAUUGUCCCUCAUCCUGGUCCAUUGAAGUCAAAGUCGAAGAAGAAGGAUCUACUGGCCUGGCUUUCCAGCAAGAUUGCAAUCUUUGAGAAUGAGGUUACUCCUGACUAUAAUCCACUGCAACCGGACCUGCAGAAGCGUCAUGAAGAGAAGAUCUUGCUUUGGAAGAUCUCCAAAAUCUUGGUUGAGAAUGAUGGUGUUUUGGAAGGUACGCCUGAGGUUCAAAAGUCAUUGCGACAGGCAAUCUUCCCCAAUCUUGUUGAACCCCAGAAAGAUGAUGCUUAUAGCGGUGAAUCCAUCAUUGGAGCUGGUGCGGGCAACUUGGGUUUGUCUGCGCAAUCAGGUUCUACUGAUAGCCAAUGGACCGAGGAGCUGCGGACGAACCUCAUAUUGGGUGAACGCGAAAAAGCUGUUUGGUCUGCUGUUGAUCGUGGCCUUUGGGGACAUGCUAUGAUCUUGGCAUCUACCUUGGAGCGCUCUGUGUGGAAACAGGUUGUUCAAGAAUUCGUCCGCCGUGAAAUCCGUUCAACUAGCGCUAGCAAUGAGUCUCUUGCAGCGCUCUACGAAAUCUUCGGUGGCAAUAUUGAAGAAAGUGUUGACGAACUUGUACCUCCAUCUGCCCGUGCUGGUCAUCAGUUGAUCAGCAAAACUGAUGGCCAGGGCGUAACGAAGGAUGCUCUUGCUGGCUUGGACAGCUGGCGAGAGACCCUUGGAUUUGUCUUGAGCAACCGCAGCUCUGACGAUCGCAACCGCAGCUCUGACGAUCCUCAGGCGUUGGUGGCUCUUGGCAACCUGUUGGCAUCAUAUGGACGUAUCGAGGCUGCACAUAUUUGCUAUAUCUGCUCUCGGGCCGCCGUCUGCAGCGGAGCAGAUGACCCACAAGCUAACAUUGUGCUCUUGGGCGCUGACCAUCAGCGUUCUCCUGCAUCCCUUCUGGAAGACGAUGCCAUUUUACUCACUGAAGUUUACGAAUUUGCCACGACUGUCCUGGCUACCGCUCCGAUGCCCCCACUGCCAUAUUUCCUGGCUUUCAAGCUUGUCUAUGCCAAGACUCUCGCGGACCGUGGACGCAAGACGGAGGCGCAGAAUUACUGUGAUGCAGUGGCCGCAGCACUUAAGGCUAAUACUCGUCAUUCUCCUUACUAUCAUAACCAACUAUUUGUGGAAAUCGACGAGCUGUCUGCUCGCCUUCGCCAAACAACAAGCGACGGUUCUUCAUCCUGGAUUCCACGACCAAGCAUGGAGAAGGUAUCUGGGACCAUGUGGGCUCGAUUCAAUAGCUUUGUCGCUGGCGAAGAUAGUGAUGCAGCGUCAACGACCCCUGGCAAAGGAGGCGAGAUGGCUGAUGUUGGACCAUUCGCUAACGUCGCCGGACAGCCAGCUCCGGCUGGUAUCCAUUCGAAAUACCAUCCCUCCGCUCAAUAUGCACCUAGUGCCUCGCCAGAGCAAUACCGAAGUCGGUCUUCGAUGGACUCUUACAGAUCGGUGUCAGGCAGUAGCGCACCUUUUGGGCAACGUCGCACGUCUCAAGAGUCUUCUCCUGUUGAACCCCAGCCUUUCCAGGCUGCCCCGUCGUAUGGCUCCCCAGGACUUGGCGGAUAUCAGCCUACUCCCCCACAGUCUUCGUAUAUGCCACUUGCUCCGGUCAAGGAGGACGCAAGCCACACCUCUGGCGAGGGUAUACAGCCUCCAGUGAAUGGGCUUUUCUUUCAACCCCCUGGACAGGCUCAGUCCUCAGAUAGCGUGUCACCUUUCUACCAAGGCCCGCCUGAUAUGCCACAGGCAGAGGAUCCUGGCUACCUGCCUCCUAGCAUUCCCAACUCCUACGAGCCUCCAUCUUUUGCCCCAGACGUUGAGAUCGAUGAGGUGGGGCCUGAUGAUUCUCCUGAUGUGAAGGUUGUCAGGAAGAAGAAGUCUUUCAUGGAUCUCGAUGACGACGAUGACCUUGGAGACCGAGCUGCUUCCAUUCAAAAGGCCCAGCGGGAAGAGAAUGACCGCAAGGCUGAAGAGGCUUUCAAGAAAGCUGCCGAAGAAGAUGCCAAACGAGCCGCACAGCAACCUGCCAAGAAGGGCUGGUUGAGUGGAUGGUUUGGGGGCAAGAAGGAGCCUGAUAAUGCGACCGGGAACGCCCCGAUUCGAGCCAAACUUGGUGAAGAGAAUUCGUUCUACUAUGACAAUGAACUCAAGAAGUGGGUCAACAAGAAGGACCCUGGCUCUGCCACUGCCGCUCGUGCCACUCCACCCCCGCCGCGCGGCUCUGCUCCUACUAGUCGAAACGCUAGCUAUGGUAGUAUGGCGCCGCCGCCCCCUCUCUCCGCUGCGUCAGGCAGUCGGCCUCCCUCUUCAAGCAGCGAGGCUGGAUUCCUCUCAUCUAGUCCAGCGUUCUCGGGUCUUGGUGUCCCUCCCCUCUUCCCCGAUCUGUCUCUACCAGUGCAGCAGCGCCAACUCCCCCAGGUUCCUCAGGCGGUCCACCACCUCGACCCACUUCUUCUUUGA